UCUGAUACAUGUAUGGCAUAUAGGAAUGAAUGCCAGUUAACUAUCUUGCCUAAGGUAAUACUGUUUGGUUGAAAGAAAAAAUCCAUUUAUCAUAAGUCAGCGCUAGUAAGCCGGAAGCAUAAGAAUGAAUGAAGUCUCCCCUAUCAAUGACGUCACCCUAUCGUCCACGGAAAGGCUUCGGCACCUCUCGCGGUAUUUCCCCGCAGAUGGGAUUUUGAAAUCAAGGGCUGUGCCUGUGGGGGUUGAUUAAACAGAGAUUUCUUACUAUGAGUGAUGAUAAACCCUUCCUAUGCACGGCUCCUGGGUGUGGCCAGAGAUUUACAAAUGAAGACCACCUGGCUGUGCAUAAACACAAACAUGAGAUGACCCUCAAGUUUGGUCCAGCAAGGAACGACAGUGUCCUUGUUGCUGACCAAACCCCAACACCCACACGCUUCCUUAAGAACUGCGAGGAAGUGGGUCUCUUCAACGAGUUGGCCAGCCCUUACGAACAUGACUUCAAGAAAGCUUCAGAUUAUGACAUUAAAAAGAUGCCGUUGGAUUUGUCACCACUGGCCACACCGAUAAUGCGAAGCAAAAUGGAGGACAACACAGGCAUGGAGGUACACAGAGUCAGUCCUCUGCCCCAUCCUGAGUCCACCACUAAUGAUGACCAGGAAUUAUCCUUGCAGUCAACACCCACUAUAGUGCAUCCGGCCUCCCUCCACGUCCCCAAUAUACUGCUAGCAACGUCAGACGCUAAUGUUGUCACACAGCAAGCGCUCCCUUCGCCAACCUCUAGCUCUGUUAUUACGCCCGUCCCCUCCAGUAAUAGGCCUGUAGUGUAAGUAACUCAACGUCACGUUCUAAACUUCAUCGAUGCAUUAUCCGCUUAUUUCAGUGAUGUCUUUUUUUUUUUGCUUUUAUUUUGUGCGAUUUUGCUUUUUGUUGUGAUCCUUAUUUCACAUGGCAUAUCAGUGUGUCGUGUCGCUGUUUGUUUGCAUUCACGUCUGAUUUCGUUAUCUAUUAUUUGCGUAUCUGAGUGACAUCGAAAAUAUCAGUAGGCCUGUGUAGGCGGAGUAGUAUCAGUACUGCAUGAACCAUGUAUAUAAUGCUAGUCUCAUUUUUCUUUAGCUAAAAGUUCAUUUUUUAAAGUGUUACAUGAUGUAGUCAAUGUAGACGUCAUUUCAAACCACAGUGCUGAAUGUUCGUAAAAUGUUGUUUUGUCGAUCGACAUUUCCUUUCAAUACUGCGUAGUUGGACUCUCUCUCUUCUCUCCUCAGUCCAGCUCCGUUCCCUCUGCUCCUUCAGCUGAACCGCUCCCAGACCCGGCCCGCGGCCGUCCCAGCGCCGGUCACAUGCUCCACCUUACACAUCCCCGCUACCGGCCCGACUGUCAGGCCUGUCACCAUCGUGCGUAAUGUCCCAGGGAUCCCAGGACCCCACUCGCCGCAGCUCGUCCAAUCAGAAGCCAAGCUG